UUUUUAUAUAUCGCUAGCGAGUGGAACUAUUUAGCAGCCACACUAUUUAAAUGUUAUGACUUUUCUCUCACAACUUAACUUUUGAGGAAGCAGUUUACCCGCGACAUGCAGCCUGUGAAGGUCUGUUAUUUGGUAUUAGCUGCGUGGAGGAGCGUCCGUAUUGCUCCCAGUUCCAGGCUGUUGACACCGUGGUGCUGCUGUCGCUUUGCUCAAACUGGAGCCACAACAGAAGAACUUCCAGUUAUCCGCGUUCCUGUGCGUUUGCAGAAAAGCGCAGCAAAGGUGAAGCAGACUCGAAGCAAAAACAAGCUCAUCACCGUCAAAGCGGGCAAACUCCUGAUCCAGAGCAAGAACCCAAACCUGAACCAGUCAGCCGGAUACGUAUUUCGCAAAUUCGAGGAGCCCGUUCUGUCCUCGAAAGGAUGGAAACAUAAGAAAUCUUUCGGUGACUAUUUCACUAUUAAAAACACCAAGACUGUUGCACCUUUUGUUGUAAAGAAUCAGGAGAGAGAUGGUGACCAGGGGACUUCUGUGAUGUUUGACAAACUCAAGAUAUGCCCAGAACUGGUGGAGGCUUUGAAAAAUAUAAAUAUCAUUCAUCCCACAUCAGUCCAGCUGCAGACCAUUCCAAAAGUCCUGAGCGGUCACAAUGUUCUUUGUGCUGCGGAGACGGGCAGUGGAAAAACAUUCUGUUACCUUCUGCCAAUUGUUCAAAGACUCCAUGCCAACCAGUCAUCUGAAAUGUAUGGUGACAUAGUGGAUAAGGUCCAAGCUCUGGUUCUCGUGCCUUCCAGAGAGCUCGCUCAACAGGUUGUGUCCGUAUCCAGGUCCCUGUGUGCGCCAUUUAGUUUCGUGACAAAGGCUGUAGGUGGCGGGCGAGGUGUGGGACGCAUCAAGAAUGUCUUCAAGAGCCGUCUUCCAGAUAUUUUGGUGGCUACACCUGGUGCCCUUAUCAAGGCGCUCCGGCGCCACUACCUGGAUCUGAGCAACCUGAGCUUCAUGGUGGUGGACGAAGCUGACACCAUGUUUGACCCCAGCUUUUCUGAAAUGCUUGAAACCAUCUUGUGCAGCGCAAACAUCGCAAAAGAUCACACAGAGACUCAGGGCCUUGGGCACAGGGCACAGUUGCUGGUGGUGGGGGCUACUUUCCCUGGUGGGGUUGGGGAAGUUCUCAACCAAGUGACUGACAUCAGCAGAAUGGUGGUUAUCAAAAGCAAGAUGUUGCACUUCCUGAUGCCACACGUGAAACAGACCUUCUUGAAGAUCAAGGGUGCUGAAAAGGUCCUGGAGCUCCACCAGGCUCUGAAGCUGCUUCAGCAAGAAAAAGGAGGCGGAGCUGUUCUGGUAUUUUGCAACAAAUCUACAACGGUCGACUGGUUAAGCUACACCCUGAAUGACAUGGGGGUGCGACAUGCACGCCUGCAAGGGGCGAUGCCUGCUGCUGUGCGUGUUGGCAUCUUUCAGUCUUUCCAGAAGGGCAUGGUUGACGUACUGGUAUGCACAGACAUUGCCUCACGAGGUGUAGACACAUCCCGGGUGCACUUAGUCGUCAACUACGACUUCCCAGAAUCCCACACUGACUACAUCCACAGGGCAGGGAGGGUGGGAAGAGCGGGAGGGGUGGAGGAUGGGGAGGUGCUUAGUUUUGUCACUCACCCCUGGGAUGUGGAAUUAGUGCAGAAGAUUGAGAGUGCUGCACGUAGAGGUACUCGUUUGCCUGGAAUGGAAUCUGAAAUCCAUCAGCCAAAACCCAAAGCUGAAGAGCUUCAUCAGGAGUCGUCUUUUCAGUCCGCGUAAGCGGAAGACCUGGAAUUUAUUUGUGAGGUUAUGGAAAGUAAUCAACAGCUAUUUUAACAAUCAUUAACUAGUUCUAUGGAAUGU